AUGGUGGAAUUAUAUCAUUCAUUAAGUAAAUACUUUCAUUCUCAACAGACAUCCGAAAAUAUUGUAAUUGAUGCUCGUUUACUUGUUCCCUCUGAACAAUUCGUGAUUGGUGUAUUAUUUAAACGAUUUAAUAUUCCAUCGAUAUAUAUUGAUAAGGACGGUAAUAUGGCUAUGUUUCCGUACAAUCUGAAAAAUAUAUCAUCUGGCCACCAAGAUAUACAUGAAGCUGAACAAAAACAAUUAGAAAAAGAAAAUGAAGUUUGUUAAAAAAAAAAUGUUUGUUUUUUUGAAAUAAAUAUUUCAUCUCUAGAUUCAACGUUUAAAAAUGAUGGAAACAGGGUGUGGGUGUGUGAGGUGUGGGUGUGAGUGUGUUGGUGUGGGUGUGGGUGUGGGUGGGUGUGGGUGGGUGUGGGUGGUGUGGAUGUGGUUGAUAAGAACACUAACAAUGAACAUUCACACCCACCCAAACCCACAUCCGCAGCCACACCCCACCCACAUCCACAGACACACCCCACCCACACCCACCCACACCCACACCCUCAAGAAGUCUCUCGGUCUUCUCUUUCGAUUGGUGGAAACCGCAGAUUUCUAGCUACUUGCACUCAGAUUAUUUAAAAAACAGUGGUGGAUAAUAAAGUGACACUACGAUGUCAGAAAAGAUCAGUUAUUUCUUGGUAUAAUGACUAACUUCUCAUUGCACUUGAUCUAUACCAUUAAUGACGCAAGCAAUUAUCUUACUCUUUGUAAUAAUACCGGGUAUUUUCAAGACCAUCGGUCUUUUUUCUUUCUAUAAUUCCCCUUUUUUUGUGUCUUUGCCACAUAGUACGACUGCGUUCACCUUUCUUUCUUUCCUG